GCGAAAGCAAACAGGCGACCGUUUGGCUUCAAUUUAAAAAUCAAAUUAACGGCUUUUGUUAUCAUUAAAUAUGAUGAACGGAGCCGUGACUUUAACUUCAUCAGAGGGGGAGAGUUUACCUCAGGUGUCAGGCUCCUCCUCGAGUGGCCUGAACAAUGCCAUUUCAAAGGAUGAGGAGAAGAUGAAAAAUGUCUCAAAAUCUAAAAAGGAAAACAAGGAGGAAAAAAACAAUGAUGAGAAAAACAAAAGUUCAAAACGUGAUUCACCACCUAGGCCCAAGAGUGAGAAAGAACCAAGUAACAGGAAACGCAAGAAUAAUCUGGUAGGAGAAAACCUGGAAAAAAAGCACAAGGAAGAUGACUCGGAGAUGCAAAUUACCAGAGAAGUAAAGAUUGAACAAAAGGAGAGCUAUGAUGCUACAGGAAAGAAAGUGAAAGAAAACCUAUUGAAGAAAUCAACAUGUCAGGAAUCCUUUGAAGACAUGCUAAUGGGCAUGGAUGAACAGCUCAAAGAAUUCUGUGCCAGGAAGCAGAAAAAUAAGGAUAGGAAACACAAAGAAAGGGAAAAAGUCAAUACCACCAAUAAACGACAAGAAAAGGAAGAAAAUAGUCUUAGCAGACUAAAUAAAGGGCUGAAAUCAGCAAGUAGUGAUUCUAGAGAGGCAACUGAAAAACCGAUGAGCAAAGAACUUCCAGAAAAGGAAGACGAGCAUUCUGAACUACAGACCACCAGUGAAGCUUCUGGAAAUCAAGAAAGCAAGAAGUUAGAAAAAGGUGAUAAACAGAAGGAUGAGGAUCCUCCUACAAGGGUGAAGGAAGAUCAAGAUUUGAAUGGAACUGGGAUUCCUGUUGAAAAUAAGAAAACAAAAAGGGUCCACUGCAGUACAGGUUCUAGCCAUUCCGAUGUAAAACUCAAGAAACCAAAAGUAGAGAAAACUGAAGAUGAUGAUUUACCUCAGACAUCAUCUGCGUGUAAGGCAGCAACAAGUAACUCUGCGAAGCUGAAGAAAUCGAAGACCACAAUCAAAGAAAAGGAGGGAAAGCAGAAAUUGGGGAAGGAGGGAAAAAGCAAGACUCAAUUGAAAGAGGAGGAAGAGAAGAAAAAAGAUGCAGAAAAAUGGAAAUGGUGA